CGGGAUGCGAUAAAAGGUCAAAUCGGUAAUUUAAGCAGAAACAAAACCCUAGAAAUCUUCUCUCCGUAUAAGUAGAGAUAGUCUCGGUCGUUUCACCUUACAGUUAGGAGGUCGCUUGUGUGCUGGCGCUCUCUUACUCCUCGGCGACCUCUCAGGUCACCAUUUUGAGUUGCAAACAUGGCGGAUGGAUCAUGGCAUCCAUCAGUGCAUCAGAAGAUAAGUGGGCAGUCUUCACUCAUUUCUAAGCUUUCACCCAGCUUGCACACCCAAAAUUAUGCCUUAACUGGUGCAUAUAGAAAUGGUCUCCAAAACCAUUUACAUCCUGCACUUCAAGGCACCGGCCUGGCACUUUUAUCAGCCCCCUCUCCUGUAUUUAUACAAGCACCAUCUGAGAAAGGUGCUAGUGGCUUUCUAAUUGAUUUUCUUAUGGGAGGUGUCUCAGCUGCUGUCUCCAAGACUGCAGCUGCUCCAAUUGAACGAGUUAAACUGUUGAUUCAAAAUCAGGAUGAGAUGAUCAAGGCUGGUCGAUUGUCUGAACCAUACAAGGGAAUCUCUGAUUGCUUUGCCAGAACCAUCAAAGAUGAAGGUGUACUUGCUCUUUGGAGAGGCAAUACUGCUAAUGUUAUCAGAUACUUCCCCACCCAGGCCCUGAACUUUGCAUUCAAAGAUUACUUCAAGAGGUUGUUUAACUUCAAGAAGGACAGAGAUGGCUACUGGAAGUGGUUUGCUGGGAAUUUGGCAUCUGGAGGAGCAGCUGGUGCUUCAUCCCUGUUAUUUGUUUAUUCCUUGGAUUAUGCUCGAACACGGUUGGCCAAUGAUGCAAAGGCAGCUAAAAAGGGUGGUGAGAGGCAGUUUAAUGGUUUGGUUGAUGUUUACAGGAAAACCAUUAAAUCAGAUGGUAUUGCUGGCCUAUAUCGUGGAUUCAACAUAUCUUGUGUUGGAAUUAUUGUGUACCGUGGGCUCUAUUUUGGAAUGUAUGAUUCUCUUAAACCUGUGGUUCUGGUUGGUGGUUUACAGGAUAGCUUCUUGGCUAGCUUCUUGCUUGGAUGGGGAAUCACAAUAGGUGCUGGAUUGGCCUCAUACCCUAUUGAUACAGUUCGAAGAAGGAUGAUGAUGACCUCAGGAGAAGCUGUGAAGUACAAGAGCUCUUUGGACGCAUUCUCACAGAUUAUCCAGAAGGAAGGUGCAAAAUCCCUCUUCAAGGGAGCUGGUGCAAACAUCCUGCGUGCUGUGGCAGGUGCUGGUGUGCUUGCUGGUUAUGACAAACUUCAGCUCAUUGUCUUCGGCAAGAAAUAUGGAUCUGGUGGUGGUGGCUAAUAAGAUUUCUGGUUGAAAUGAUGACGAUAAUGAUGAUGAUGAAGAAGAGGGGAUGCUUGUCUAGGCUAAAUUCUCAAGUUUGAAUAUUUUUUUUUUCGGGAGGAACGCUAGUGGUCCCAGUAUUUAGGGGACUUCUUAUAUAAAGCGCAUAGUUGUCUGAACACUUUCAAUUUUGAGUGAUGUUAUCAAAGCUUUGGGGUAGAUGGUGUUUAUUUUGUUCUUAUUGUUCUUUGAAUGAGAAUAAUUAGACAAUGUUCCUUUAGAAGUGUGUGUUUUGGAAUAGUGUUGUGUUCUCAAAAAUUAAAUACAUGUCUUUCAGUAUUGUGCCAAAAA